CGCACAUACAAAUACCGCAGAACGAUGUUCUUAGGUUGGAAAUAUAUCAAUAAUUCAUAUUUUAAUUAUGCCUUUGGCAACAACUUGCGGAUGUUCGUGGGUAUCCGCUGGGCGCUGCCCAGUUCCCACAUAAUCUUGACUGCCGUCGUAUAGGUGAAAUGAAACACCGACAUAAAGUAAGUAUGUCUGUGUUUGGAAAAUGGUAAACUUGAUGUUAACUGAUGUUCCAGGUGUUUCAAAGACGACAAGAUGGCUCUGUUGACUUCUUUCGUAACUGGCAGAAUUACACCGAUGGGUUUGGUAACAUCUACGGCGAGUUCUGGUUGGGCCUGCAAAAGAUUCAUCUCUUGACCUCUCAGGCGCACUUUGAACUCCUCGUGAAUAUGAGAAGCUACACCCUGGGAACGGGUUACGCUUCCUACAGCAGAUUCCGUGUGGCAGACGAGUCUCACAACUUCCGACUCUUACUGGGCACAUUCAAGGGGAAUGCCGGUGACUCAAUGGAUCACCAAAAUGGCUUGGAGUUUUCCACAUAUGACCGAGAUAAGGACUACUACAAAGCGAAUUGUGCUGCGACAUAUCAUGGGGCCUGGUGGUACAAUAGUUGCCAUCACAGUAAUCUGAAUGGGCUGUAUGUUCAUGUGAAGGAGAAGUCCACAGUAAAUACUUCAUCAGUAACGUGGCACCAAUGGUCGUCUAAAUAUCUCCCUCUUCAGUUCAGCGAGAUGAAGAUACGCCCGGUGAAAAUCCACAAAAUAGACGAUACUCGUGAUUGUUUAUAAAUUAUAGGC